GGCCGCGAUGGCUCCCGGCCGUGCUCCUGCCCGUCCCCGCCGCCUCGCCCGGGGCCGGGCAGCUCUCCCCGGUGCCCGCGGGGAACCCGGCGGCUGUCGGAGAGCGGCGCCGGGAUGCGGCGCAGCGGCAGCACUUGCGCCGUGAGCGGCGGCAGGAUGCGCGCCGCCGCCUCGCUGCCACACAUCGGGCGGCCGCGGGGCGAGGAGGGCGGCGGCGGCGGCGGCGGCGGCGGGGGGGGUGGGCGGCGGAGCCCCUGCCUGCUCGUGGCCCUGCGGCCGCUCAACGUGGAGGCCGAGCGGGAGCGGUUCUUCCGGGCCCGCUUCGCCUACGACCCGCAGUUCGAGUACGCCGAGCCGGUGCCCGAGGCCGUGCUGGACAAGUACCGCGCCGCCUCCGACCGCUUCGUGGCCCAGGCAAUUAGGAUCAUUCAUGCUGUCCUGGAGAAGUAUGGGACCUAUGAGAGCUUUGAAGUUGCCACUGGUGGGAGACUGCUGAGCAAAUGCCAGAUCUGGUCUGUUAUUCGAAAGUACAUGCAGAAGGAAGGCUGCGUGGGAGAGGUGGUGGUGCAGCUCACCGACGACCUCCUGUCCCAGGCCGUGAUGAUGGUGGAGGACAGCCGCCCGACGCUGGCGAUCAACCUGGCCGGAGCCCGGCAGUACUGGCUGGAGGGCAUGCUGCGCCACGAGAUAGGCACCCACUACAUCCGCGGGGUGAACAACACCCGCCAGCCCUGGCACAGCUCGGAGGGCCGCAAGCAGUACAGCCUGAAGCCUGCCAACCCCACGGAGGAAGGCUUGGCCAGCCUGCACAGCGUCCUCUUCCGCAAGCAGCCCUUCCUCUGGCGCGCCGCCCUGCUCUACUACACCAUCGAGCGGGCCAGCCGCCUCUCCUUCUCUGCCCUGUUCCAGGACCUGGAGCAGUACGUCCAGGACGCCGGCGUCCGGUGGGAAUACUGCGUGCGGGCCAAGCGAGGCCAGACUGACACCUCUCAGCCAGGCUGCUUCAGUAAGGACCAGGUGUACCUGGAUGGGAUUCUCCGCAUCCUGCGACAUCGGCAGACCAUCGACUUCCCUUUGCUGGCUGCCCUUGGAAAGGUCUCCUACGAAGAUGUGAACCGCCUGAAGAAAUUUGGGGUGCUGGAGAAGGCCCGCAUCCCCCACUUCAUGCAGGACCUGGAGCGGUACAUGAAGCAGCUCGACCACAUCGUCACCACCAACCAGCUGAACGAGCAGGAGCUGGAGGAGCUGCUGCCCGACUGAGCGGCACCGGGCACCCCACGUGUCUCAGCGCAGCCUGCCAGCACCUGGCUGCUGCUGCUGGCUCUAUUUAUUUGGUAUUUAUUGGGGCUGUCGAGCCAGUCCUUGCCUGGAGGAGACAGCACAGCUUGGGCUUCUGUCCGGGAAGCCAAUGUGCAUGUACCGCUGCGCGGGGUAGCGCAGCCGAGAUGGUCAUUGUGGUUGUUGUUGAUUGUCCUCCCCCCGCCCAGCUCCGUGCAUUGUGGGGAGCGCUGUGCCACUUUGCGUGGUUUUGGGGAGACAAGGGUUUGCAGGGAGCGAGGGCAGAGCCUGGGAGCUGCACCGGCCCCGCAGCAGGAGGCUGCGCUGGGCUGGUUGCAGAGGGGAGAGCAUGGGAGGGACCUCAGGGUGCCAGGGGAUGUUCCCAGCUCCCCUCAUGCCCUCCCUGGGGCAGGAUAUACUUUAAUUCCCCCAGAUAACCUCUGCUCUCCCUGCUGUUAGGUAUCUGCCCUGUCCCAGCAGACCACGCAGACCCACAGAUGAUCAUUAUUGCGCACCCCAAAUCCAGCCUCUGCCUGGCAUCAAGGCACAGGAGGACUCGGGGCGGGGAGCUGGCUUGAUGUGAUGAAAAAAAGGUGUAAUAAAAAACAUGUAAUGGAA